AUGUCAGGCAAGAACGCGUGCAGGCCUCGCUUCGGUGAGAGUUUGGAAAUUCAGCUUCAGCUGAGGCGUUCCUUGGACUUCUGGCUUGCUGAGACACUGAAUCUGUGCGGUGAUGCACAACAGCCCGGUCUACCCGUGGAAGUCCGGCACGUGAGGAAAGUCCCCGCCGAAAGGGUGUUCAAAGUGAAGCUGCAGAAGCUCGAAGAUGGCUUUGGCUUGAAGUACGAUGCAUCUGACUCCAACGUGCUGUUGGUCCAAAGGGUCGGCAAGUUUGGUCUCAUGAGCUCCUCUGAGAUGUUGAGGGCCAUCGAAGCAUCGAGCGGCUCGGUGGAGCUGGGCUUCGAGCGACCUCAGCUGAAGGAGUUCUCAGUGCGUCGCUUUGGCCAAAAGCUUGGCUUGAUUCUCCAGAAGUUGAAGUCGCAAACAGUUCUUCGGAGCUUGCCGGUGAAGUCGCUGGAAGCGAAUGGCGUGCUCAUGAAGAAGAAUCUUGCCGAUGCCGAAACGCAUCUCAAGCCGCACGACCGGAUCAUCCAGGCACUGGAGAACACACUUGCGACGGCCAUAACACGGUGCUGA